UUGGGGGGUUUCAGUGCAGCUCUGAGCAGAGGGGAGUGUGUGUGUGAGAGAGAGAGACAGGGAGCGGGGGCUUAGCAAACAGGAGCGAACACAAAGCACAGGCAGAUACACACACAGGGAGAGAGAGAGAGACCUAUCUGCACAGACGCCGCUUCGAGUCAAGAUAAAGGGCGCACGGCGCAACACGCGAACGCCACGAGUCGGGCGCACGGCCGCCAGAGUUUGCACGGUCUGCACCGCGGAUUCUCCCCUUCCCCCAUCCCAGCCUCCCCCCAUCACUCACCCUCCCCUCACUCUCCCUUCCAGCACUCUCCCCUGCGCCUCAGCAGCUCCUGAUGCCCAGAAUGGGGAGCAGCGUAAAGAGACUGACCAGUCAGCCACCUUACCUCCAGGCCGCCUGCCUUUACGCCGCUGCUCCGCCGAAUGUGCAGGAGGUCCGCCUGGAGCCGGCCUCCGGUCCCCAGCAACAACAACAACCCGGCAGCGCCGGCCCGUCCCCCAGCAGCAAGUUCAAGCAGCAGCUGAAAAGGCAGCGCUCCUGUUCUCCCGAGUUACUGCGCUGCAAGCGGCGCCUGAAUUUCAGCGGCUUCGGUUACAGCCUCCCCCCGCAGCAGCCGGCAGCAGUGGCCCGGCGGAACGAGAGGGAGAGGAACCGGGUGAAGCUGGUCAACCUGGGCUUCGCCACCCUCCGGGAGCAUGUCCCCAACGGCAGCGCCAACAAGAAGAUGAGCAAGGUGGAGACGCUGCGCUCGGCGGUGGAGUAUAUCCGGGCGUUACAGCAACUUCUGGAUGAACACGAUGCAGUGAGCGCGGUUUUCCAAGCCGGCCUGCUCUCCCCCACUCUCUCCACCGAGAUCAACUCCAUCGCUAGCUCUCCGGUCUCAUCCUGCUCCUCCGAGGAGGUAUCCAGCGAGCCUCUGAGUCCUGAGGAACAGGAACUCCUAGACUUUGCCAGCUGGUUUUGAGUGGUCUCACUCUCUCCAUCUAUCUCUCUCUCCAUCUA